AUGCAUGCGUGCGUCUGCUACGGUGGUUUCAAUGGGUGGUGGUGGGAAACUGUGGGAGGAGUGGUGAGAAAGUGUGGAACGAGGGUGGCAUGCAAGAUAGAGUUAGAGUUAGGGUUUGGGAUUGGGAUUGGAGAUUGGAGAUUGGAGAUUGGAGAUUGGAUUACAAAUGCUGAUGUAAGAGGCGGUUACAAAAGAGGUUGUUGGGUUUAUGUGUAUAAGGAUUUGUUGUAA